GGAUCUCAGCAGAGGGGGGUUUUCCCACCUUCUGGCCCACUUUAGAGGUGGACACUAAGGCCCCAUAACCACCUUCCCACAGCUUCCUGGGGGGCUUUCUAUUCAGUUGCCAAGGCCAUGGCAAUGCCCCUGCCUGCCCUUCCUUUCUCUGGGCCUUGUCCAGAGUCACUGGUCCCCCAGCUUCAGGACCUGGAUCACCCAAGACACACUCCCCAGACACACUGUCCGUGGCCCUGGUUGGGGCGUCAAGGCCGCCUGCCCCCUCACGCUCAGCUCCACCCAUCCCUCUCCCAGGAUGGUGACCAUGCCAGAGCCCACACUUCCUCUGCAACCUCGGGGCCUCCCUUUGCCAUCUGUCCCAAUUGCCAAUGUCCCACGUUGCCCAGCCCCCCCCCCCCCCGAACGAUCUCGCCUGUCCCCUAAGUCUGCGGUCUUUCCAGCUUCUGGGCUACUCAGGUCCCCAGCAGAUGAGAGGGUGAGGUCGCGUCUACGCAGCCCAGCGCUGCCCUGCCCCCACCCCUUCCUGGAAGCCUCGCAACUGCGUCGGUGGCCGCUUGCAGGUGUCGGCCGCCCCGCCCCUCCUUCCUGCGCCUUAAAGGGGUCGCGUCUCCCGAGGCUUCCCAGGGGCAUAGGCCGCAUCGCGGCGGGACCCGCACACCCGUGAGGGCUCCGUACCCACGGUGCGGAAGGUGGGCGUCUGGCUCCUAAAUCCUUCCCUUCUGGCGUGGUGUGGCUCUUUCGGCCUCAGUUUUCCCCUCCUGAGAAGUGGGGACGCCCUGAGUCCUCGCGCUAAAGCAGGCGCUCGGGGGAUUCUCCAGACCCGGGGAGCUGGGCGGGGCCGGACCCCGGAGGAGCCGCUCGACUCGAGGGUUUUCCGCCCCUCCCCCCAGCCCCUUACGAUGACCGCUCAUAUCCUCUUGCUGUGGCUCUUUGCUUCCUCCAUCCUGGGGGACCCAGACUCCGCGGGCAGGCUGACCCGGCACCAGGUUUCCCUAAAGAGCGGGCGCCUGUGUUCCCUGGGCACUUGCCAGACGCACCGCCUGCCAGAGAUCAUAUACUGGCUCCGUUCUGCCUCCACCAAGGAGCUCUCAGGGAAGGCUGGCCGCAAGCCUCAGGACCCCUACAGCUACGGGCGCCGGCGACGGCGGCGGCGGCGGCGGCGGCGGCGUGAGGCCAGAGUCCUGCGGCGUCUCCAGGACCCCAGCCUGUGCAGGGCGCAACUUGCUGGGUGACAUUGGGCACAUCUCUACGCCUUCCCUGGCCUCAUUUUACCCAUCUGUGUAUUGAGGCUGUGACCCCAAGUUUCUUGCCCUAACUCCAUCCACCUCCUGGGCUCCCCAGGCUGCAAUUGGGCUGGACCCACGUGCACACCGGACCCAGCCUGGACAAAAAAUGUUAACGUCCAGAGCUGAAUAAAUAUACGAGAAUUCCAUG